AUGAGUGGUCGAUUUGUUCGUGCUUCUAAAUAUCGUCAUAUUUACGGCCAAUCAACCAAACGGGAACUUUUUUAUGAUAAUCUCCGUGUCAGUAAAAAUGCAUGGGACUCUAAUAUUAUUAAGGUCAAUCCAAAGUUUUUGUCCGUAAAUUGGGAAACAUCGGGUGGUGGCUCUUUUGCAGUGAUUCCUUUGGAGGUACGUGGAAAGCUCCCAGAACAAAUUCCCUUAUUUAGAGGUCAUACUGCAUCAGUUUUGGACACUGAUUGGAAUCCUUUUGAUGACCAUAUCAUUGCAUCGAGCUCUGAUGAUGGAAAGAUUGCUAUCUGGAGAAUUCCCGACGAUUAUAAGGUUAUUUACGAGGAUCCUGAAGAAAUCAAAGAUAUUGCUCCUUUGAAAAAGCUUUCUGGUCAUUCUAGAAAGGUUGGUCAUAUCCAAUGGCACCCUACUGCUGAAAACAUUCUUGCAAGCUCUUCUGCUGAUUACACGGUUAAGAUUUGGAAUGUUGAGACUGAAAAGGUGCUUUACACCCUUCCUCACAAGGACCUUGUUACUAGUUUUGCUUUCAAUUUUGACGGUUCUCUCUUAGCUACUGUUUCUCGUGAUAAGAAAAUUCGCAUUUGGGAUAUUCGUGCAGAAAAAGUUGUCAAUGAAGGCCCAAGCCAUGGAGGUGCUAAGUCAUCGAGAAUUGUUUGGCUCGGAGCCCAAGAUCGUUUGGUCACCACAGGCUUUUCGAAGCUUAGUGACCGUCAGUUUGCUCUUUGGGAUUCUACUGAUAUCGCAAAGGGGCCUAUUGGAGGUUUCUAUUACCUUGAUGGGUCUUCUGGCAUUUGUGUUCCCUUUUUUGAUGAUAACACUAACUGUCUCUAUCUUGCUGGAAAAGGUGACGGAAACAUUCGUUAUUUUGAAUAUGAAAAUGACGAGUUUUUCCCGCUUUCUGAAUACCAAUCUUCUGAUCCUCAACGUGGCAUUGCAUUUUUACCAAAGCGUGCUAUUAAUCUUCAUGAACACGAAGUUGUUCGUAUUUACAAGUCUGUGAGAGAUCUUACCAUUGAGCCUAUUUCUUUUAUUGUUCCUCGUCGAGCCGAGACUUUCCAGGAUGAUAUUUACCCGCCCGCAUAUGCAGGAAAGCCGUCUCUCACUGCUGAUGAGUGGAUUAGUGGCAAAAAUUCUCCUCCUAAAGUCUUUAGCUUAGAAGCCAUUUUUGAUGGUACUACACCCGAAACUGUUACAGCCUCUGUUCCCAAAAAAGAGGUUGUCACUCCUAAGGAAUCCAAACCAGAACCUAAACCAUCUCCAGUUGCUAAGAAAGAAGCACCCACACCUGCACCUAUUCCAGAAGAACCUGAGAAAAAAGAUCUUGAUGGGCUUUUAAAUGAUUCUAAACAUGUUAAUAAUUUACUUGCCAAAGCCAGUACCAGCGAGGAGCCUCUUCCCGAACCCUUAAAAGAUGAAGAGAGCUCCUGGGAUAAUGAGCCCGAAGUUAAGAUUCAGAAGCCUUCGCCAAAGAAAGAAACUACUGUCGAAGCUCUUUCACCUGCUAUUAAGGAAUCUGAUGAGCCUAUUAAGGAAAAUAAUAAGAAUGUGUCUACCCCUGUUGUUAAAGAGGCUACCAAAGAAGUCGAGGAGGUUAAGGAUACACCCAAAACGAUUAAAGAAAUUAAAGAGCCUGCCACAACCACUUCUUCACCUGCCGCCGAAAGUAUUGCUGGUGGUUCUCCAGUUUUGAAGCUUCUAAAACUUGUUGUCGGUUUGGAUGCAAAGGUUCAAACUCUUAUUGAUGAUUUGAAGGUAAGAGAUGCUCGGAUUUUAGAACUGGAAAACAAGAUUUAUGAAAUCUUGAACAAGAACGAGUAA